AUGACCCCCUCGGCGGAAACGUCUGGGCUGACAGCCUGGGAGCGGCGGCGCGCGGAAAACGCCAAGGUGAACAAUGAGAUCCUGAACAGCAUCUCCAAGACAUCCGCCAAGGUGUUUGGCCCCAUCGCGUCGGCAAACAAAAAUGCCUCGCCUGCAUCCCAGACGAAAAAGCGACCUUCGCGCCGGUCAGAGCCAGUCAAGCGCGAGGCGCUCAUGCCGACGCGCCGCAGCGCUCGCGUGGCUGGCAUCGAGGCAGACCCCGAGACACUGAAGCGCAAGCUGGAGGGUGUCGAUGGUGCUCUUGAGUACGGCAUUGGCGAGUCCGCGCGCGACAAGCGGCUGCGGGUCAGCGGCGAAUUGAGCCUGGGCGACAUGCAGGUGGACGGACGGUGGCAGGGCACGCUGGCCGGGUUGAAAGAGCUGUCUGCGACGGGGGCCAGCACACGGCCAGGCGUGCGACCGGGCGUGCGCACAUUUACCGACGAGGAUGUCCGGGGUACGACGGACAAGGAGCUCAAAGCAUUGCGGCAGGAGAUGAAUGGGCUGCAAUUGUACGACAAGUUUGAGGUCAAGGGUGAGUCGACGGUCGAAUUCCGCACUGUGACAAUGUGA